AUGAGUAUUGCUCCUUUCACUAUUGAAAGUCAGUAUUUAGACGAUUCGCGAAACGCCAUCCGUCAACGUGUAAUUCCAUGGUUUGCCCUUAUAAAAUCAGGAUUAUUGACCAAUGACGAGGCUAAUCGUUUGGAAUUCUUAGGAAGAGUCACUACAGAAAAAGAUUUUGGCAAGAUUAUUCCAGAAAUUGAUCUUUACACCACCACUGCGUUCAGCUUAUUAUCAAAAAUUACUAGGGAUGACAUUAUCAAAUACUUGCUCAACUUAAUUUUGGACUUGAUGACCAAUUUGAAAGAAUUCCAAGAAUCCUUGUUGAGUUUGAAUGAUGUUGAUACCAGUUUGCCAUACCAAACGUUUUUGAACCAUUUGAACUCUAAUGAUGAGGAUAUUAAAUUGUUGGUGAUUAACAAUUUGGCGGUGUUAUAUUUACUUAAACCAAUCACCACCAACGAAAACAAGGACGGAUUAUUGAAAUUGUUCGAUGUUUUGUUUUCUGAGUUGAUUAACUCUUCAAACUUGAACUUGCAAAAUAUUUCAGUCCAAGUGUUAUCUGAGUUAUUGACAAUCAAGAACCAUAGAAACAUUUUCUGGUUGAAAAAUAAUAAAUUCAUUCCUCCUUUAAUCAAUUUAUUGAAGAAUAAGAAAUCAUCCCUACAAGUUCAGUACUUGACUUUGUUGUCAUUAUGGUUGUUGAGUUUCAACGAUAAAAUCUCUACAGAAUUACCAAUGAACUAUAACAACUUGAUCAAGAUUUUGGUCAACAUCUCCAAAGAUUCAAUCAAGGAAAAAAUUGUCAGAUUGUCAAUUUCAAUCUUGGUGAAUUUCAUAAAUGGUAAUGGGUAUGAACAGGAAAGAAUUAAGGUUAUUAAAAUCUUGUUGUUGAACGAUUCUUUGUCAAUAAUCAAGAAUUUGAAUGAUAGAAAGUGGGCUGAUCAAGAAUUGAUUGAAGACUUGGCGAAAAUGUUAGAAAUUCUCAAUGAAAAUUACGAGAAACUCACCAGUUUUGAUGAAUACUUACUUGAAUUGGACUCUGGGGUGAUGACUUGGUCUCCUCCACACAGAUCGAAGGAAUUCUGGAGCAAUUAUGCCAGCAAAUUCAAGGAUCAAAAUUACAAGUUAUUCAAACAAUUGAUUGCAUUGCUCAACAAAAUCAUCACAGAAAACACAAACAAUAAAAACCUUACAAAUGACCAAGAAAAGAACUUGAACAAGAUCUUGUCGGUGAUCUGCAAUGACAUUUGUCAAAUCAUUACCUACGUUCCUGAAGCUCUUGCUGUUUUAAGUAAAUUGGAUGACUCGAAGGCAAAGAUUAUGGAAUUAAUGACAUCUAAGGAUGUUAAUCUUAGAUAUGAGGCUUUGAAAACCACCCAAGUGUUGGUAGCCCAUGCAAUUUGA